CUUUUUCUAACUUGAAGUAUUUACAGCUAUCUAUGCACAGCUCUCAUGUACUCACCCAGCACUUUCCAACUCUGACUUUGCAAGUCCUGCGCACUCAGAUCCUCUCAAAGACCCAGCUUCCCCCUCAGAUUCUGCGUCUAGAAUGCACAACGAGAACGAGCUGUCUAUGUGUCUAUCUCCGUCUACUAUUUCGAGUCGUCUAGCUGAACUGAAAGCUCGACGAGAAGCCUCUAAGAAGCUUGCGGAUAAUGAAGAUACGCGCACAAUUUGCAGCUUAGCCAUCGACGAGCAGGCAUGCAUCCUUGCAAAGAAAGACUCUCCAAGUACAGAACUUAAGCAGCGCGUUUCAAAGAUUACACCGCCGGGGAAUGGGGAUGUGACUCAAGCAAACUUGAGUAAGGCUGAAGACGACUAUCUGGUUGGGGAUAAUUCAAAGGUAGACAGUCUUGAAACUGAGUGUCCAGCUAAACAGAAAGCAGAGAAAGAACGCCAAAUUCGCGCAAAAGCUGAAAUCGAAAUUAUUCUCGAAGAGAUCCAGAAACUUGAAGUACAAGAGAGGAAUCGUAUAGAAAUAUACUAUGAGAAGUUGAAGAAGGCAGAGAAGCAGAUGGAGGAGGCGAAGCUGUUCUGCAGUGAACUAGCGGUUGAAAAUAUUGAGAUCGAAAAGCUCAUUGUCGUCGCAGAAGAAGAUGUCCAGUUGGCAAAGAAGCGUCUUGAGGACCUGAACAAGAAGUUUAGCAACAUCAAAACUGAUCUGAGGACUGCCCAGUCGCUCGUGAAUGAGACGGAGAAGACGAUCGCCGAGUUAAGGGCAGCUGACCAGGACGCCGUUCACAAGCAUAAGAAGGCUAUCGACACCCUUAUAAUCAGCAAAACUCGUCUUGAGCCUAGUCUCAGUCAUCCUAACAACCCUUUUGAGGAUGUUCUGGGGCUUUCUGCAUCAUCCAAACUCUCUGCAAAACCAGAUUGUGCAGUCGCUUCUUCUGAAGAUCAGCCGAAGCAUCCAAGCGCUUCAAUCUCGACUGAUGUCAGUAAAGGACACCCUAACCUCGCUGCUUCACUAGUUUUCAGUCCGCGUUGCUCCUCCGAGACUUACGGCGUCAUAAUUGAAGGACUUCCAACUACGAAAUUUGUAUUAUCUCGCCUGAUUGCUAUCCUCUGGCAAGGUGCCAUUCAUAGCGUGAGGUACGAAGAGGGUAGUACCUGGGCUCAUGCUACUUUCCUCAGGGCUGAAGACUGCGAGAAGUAUCUCAAUGACACCAAAAACGGUAUUCCUUGGCCAGAUGACCCGGCGCGUAUCAUUGUUACAAGGCCGCGCAAUCUCGAGAGUGGUGAAUUAGAAGCUAUCAAGUACAUGGCUAAUAAAGGCAUGACUCGCUGUGUCCGCGCGCUCAGGGUUAGCGAGGAAUGGUCUAGCGUAGCUCUUGCGCGCCUAGCGAAGAAGAAUGGCCGUCACUUUGAGCGAUUGACGAAUGGUCACAUAGAGACGGGUGAGCGCAUUGUCGACUGGCGUUUCAUGAAAAUCUCUGAUGCCGUGAUGUUCAUGUCUGAACUCUCCAAGGAUGACCGAUUCCAGAAAUGUGAUAUCAGCUUCGCCAGGGACCCAUGCACUUACGCAAACGGAGUACACACGGGCUGGUUCUAACGUAAGAAUCGUACGGCGAAUGCGAGAGCACCAUCUGCCACUAAUUUGCACGUAGAAUCCCAUACGGAGAAUUGCAGAAAUUAUGUAGAGGACCGAAAGACUCGCUGCGCUUCCUUCCUUGGCUGGUGAAGGCAACUCCAUAGCGAUCCCAAUUUGAUAGGAAUGU